CUGAACAAUUUGCACUGUCCUUUGACGGAGACUUAUGGCAGGCUUGGGAGACAUUUGCUUUCAUUUCUAGAAUUUCGACUCAUUUUGUUUACGCAGACCUUGCUAAGGAAAGCUUUUUAUUUAUUUUUUUAGUUGGUUGUAUGUAGUUACUCAUAUGAUAUGGGAAGAUAGGCUGACAUUUGGGCAGCAGUUCCUUAAUGAUCUUUAGGAAAGAGAUUUUAUACUUUCUCUAGCUGUAGCUGGACUUUAUUUUAGGCUUUGCCAAGACAGUUAAGAAUUUGUUUGGAUAUGUCGGGAAAUGGAAACACUCAAUCAUCCUAUGGGAAUGAGGCAAGACUGGAAGCCAGUUUGUCAGGUAAUGUCCCUCUACUAGAAGGGUCGACUUACAGCUUGACAGAGGCAGAGCUUUCUUUAAUUGAAGACGUGGUUUCUAGGGUGCCGGGAAGUCUCAGAAUACACCCAUCCCUGUGGAGCAAAGAUGAUGUUAUUGAGUGGCUUAGAUGGGCAGAGAAGGAAUGCUCACUGAGGAGGACUGAUGAUAACAAGUUUAUAAUGAAUGGAAAAGCUUUAUGCAUUCUUACUAAGGAGGAUUUUAAGAAGCGCUCUCCUAGUUCAGGUGAUGUUCUAUAUGAAUUAUUAAGACACAUUAAGACUCAUAGAAAAGCACUAAUGAAUCAUCCUUUCGUUAGCAAAUCAUUAAUAAAAAUGGAUUAUCUACAAUUACAUAACUGCGCCAAAAGAGCUACAAACUUUAUAAGUCAAACAAGUGAAUCCCCAGCCUUUUCUGUAGAGAAGACUUACACUCAGGAGGGACCACUGAACCUGUCUCAUAGAUUGCAGAGACUCCCUGAUUCAGAGAAAAUAACUGAUUACUCUGCAGCACAUGUGAAGAAACCGAGAACAGGGAAUUGAAGAUUUCACACACUGUAUAGCUCUCAUGGAUCAGUGCUCCUGGUGUGGCAGAAGUCUUUUCUAAUGAACUGUUGGAAACACAUGCAAUUCAUGCAGCCUGAACUUUCCAGAAAGCAGCAGUUUCUAGCAAAUCCUAGAACACACUGGAAAAAUAAUUUUUUGUUACUGGCAAUUUAAAACUGCAGAACUCUAAGCAUAACAAUGGAUCUCUAAGCUACAAUAAGCACUAUCUACUUGUUUAAUGCAGAGCUUUCAGAUAUGGUCUCUUUACAUGCUUAUGGACAAUCAAGGAUUGGAAAUAUUUCCUGAGGAAUUUGUGAGUUAGUGUUUUUUAAAGGAUAAGUAAACCUUUAAAUGAAGCGAAUGUAAAAUUGAUGAGAGUGCUAUUCUAAGCACUUUUGUAAUUUACACUCUUUAUUUCUAGUGAUUGUAAAAAUUGUAAAAACUGCCGUGAAAAUUUGCAGCCAAAUUUUUGCUGGCGUCAAUUCAGACGCAUGUGACACUUAAAGAUGCCCAUUGACUAAUGAGCAUCAGCAUUGUCGCCGGCGUCAAAAAAGUUUUAGAACUUUUUCGCUGUUUCGCAAAUUUCGCAGGAAAUUCACAAAUUUUAAAUGUAUUUCCAAGAUAUUAAAGGAUACAUGUACUGUACCUGCUGAUGAGCUUCUGACACAUUCUGACCACCAAGUGAAAGGAGAAAGGAAGGGGGCUGGUCCAUGGGUGUCCGCAGAAAAUUUUCCAGGGGGGGCAAGGAAACGAAUAUCACAUAGGGUAGCAUUCCACUGAAGAUGAACCUAUUAAUGACCAUGCAGAAGAUAACCUUAUUAAGGCUUUCCUUGGGGUGGGAAGUAUAAAAAUAUUUUGUAUUGUUGGAAAUAAAAUUACAAUCAAUUUCUUGGAACAAGCUGGAGAAGUCAACUGCCACUUUUGCCUCCUUGUGCUUAGGUCAGAAUUAAUACAAAAUGUAUUUUCACACAUAAUUUUGUUUGUUCACAACAAUUUGUGCGCUGCCCUCAAAAUUUGUGUGUGCACGUGUAAGCGCACACCUUAGAGGAAAGAUUACUGUUCUAAUGUUCUUCUAGUUGGGAAAGAUGUAAGGACGGUUUCUAAUUUUUCUUAUAACCGGAAGAACAGACCAGCCAUUUUUCUUUCUCCUGACAACUUCCUUGACUACCUGGUGGCCAAAAUGGUCAGAAACUGACCAGCAAGUGGUGCUGU